AAAGCAAACAGCAACCUUCUAACUCAAAACUCAUCCCCCCCUCUCUCUCUCUCUCAUAGUGGUAGUGAUCACAAUACUUCUAUCUCACGUCAGUACAUCUCUCUCUCACUUUCUCUCUCUCUCUCUCUCUCUAACACUGUAUAUAUAUAAUGCCCACAUCCAAAACCUUCCAUUACUCCAUUUUCCAACCCCACAUCAUACACAAGUUCAACUCCUUAAUCCUAUUUUUGUUGAUUUUAGAAAGAAACCAUCGACUUAAUUAUCCACUUAUCGUUUGUUCUUCGUUUUUGUUAACAUGGGUGACAACAACAAUGUCAAUCUCCCACCUGGUUUUCGAUUCUGUCCUACAGACGAAGAACUCGUUGUCCACUUCCUUCAACGCAAGGCCUCUCUCUUACCUUAUCACCCUGAUAUCAUCCCUGAUCUUGAUCUCUACCCUUAUGAUCCUUGGGACUUGGAUGGUAAAGCCAUGGUGGAAGGCAAAAAGUGGUACUAUUACAGCAGAAGGACACAAAAUCGAAUAACAGUGAAUGGGUAUUGGAAAGCAUGGGGUUGUGAUGAACAAAUUAUGAGUUCAAGUAGUAGCAAACGAGUUGGUGUCAAGAAAUAUUAUGUGUUUCAUAUUGGUGAAGCUCCUGAAGGUGUCAAAACGAAUUGGAUAAUGCAGGAAUUUAGGCUUUCUGAUGGUGCUGCUUCAUCUAGUAGUAGUGGCAGCACUGGUAGAUCGAAAAGAAGAAGCCACUCCAAAAUAGAUUUUAGCAAGUGGGUAAUAUGCCGAGUGGUUGAGCAUAGUUGUGACAAUGACAACGAUGAUGAUGAUGGCGGGACAGAGCUUUCAUGUUUAGAUGAAGUUUUUUUGUCACUAGACGAUUUCGACGAUAUUAGUUUUCCUAAUUAAGGAAACAAAAGAUAUUAAUCAAGGGACCGCAACAAGCUAGAGGACCUAAUAUAUGUUACUUGAUGUCAAUUUUCCUUCUUGUAUUUAUCCAGAAAAAUACUUCUUUGUAUUAUCAA